UUCAAGAUCUAGUUUUCCAUGAACAACACCCGGAGUACAGUAAGAUGUUUAACCUCAAAGUCUCUUCUUAUUCUUUCUCUCUUAGAUUCAUGCAAGAACAUGAGGGAGCUCAAGCAAAUCCAAGCCCAAAUCAUCAAAGAAGAAAACCCUUCUCCCUAUGAGGUCUUAAUUGCAGUUGAAAGGCUAAUCUCUUAUUGUGCUGUCUCACCUAAUGGAAGUUUAGAUUAUGCCAAAGCCCUUUUCAAUCAGCUAUCAAACCCAACUGUCAUUUCUUGGAACUUUCUUAUAAGAGGUCUUUCCACAAGUAAAAGUCCACGGGAAGCUAUCUCAUUGUAUCAAACUAUGCAUAACAGAGGUUUUCAACCCAAUAAGUUUACCUUCCCUUUUGUAAUCAAAGCAUGUACCGAAUCGAGCAUGACUUCAUUUGGAGUUUUGGUUCAUACCCAUUUGGUAAAAAUUGGUCUUGAAGCAGAUUCUUAUAUCCGUAGCUCCUUAAUUCAUAUGUAUGCGAAUGGUGAAUAUCUAGAUGAUGCGAAACAAGUGUUUGACGUAUGUUCUGAUAGAGAUGUGGUUUCUUGGAAUGCAAUGAUUGAUGGUUAUGCAAAAUAUGGUAAAAUGGAGCUUGCUUUAUCCGUGUUUGAGAAGAUGGUCUGCAGAGAUGUGAUCUCUUGGAACACGAUGAUUAAUGGGUAUAGUACAAUUGGGAAUAUUGAAGAAGCAAAGAGACUAUUUGAUGAAAUGCCUGAGAAAAAUGUGGUUUCUUGGAAUUCUAUGUUGGCAGGGUAUGUCAAAUUUGGGGAUAUAGAGGCUGCCCGUGGAAUUUUUGGAAUGAUGCCUCGAAGAGAUGUAGUGUCGUGGAAUGCAAUGUUGGCAUGUUAUGCACAGAGUGGCCGCUCGAAUGAUGCUCUCUACUUGUUUGAUGAGAUGCAGGUUCAAGGUAUAAAACCAACUGAGGCAACUAUGGUCAGCCUGUUAUCAGCUUGUGCUCAUUUGGGUGCUUUGGAUCUUGGGGUCCGCUUACACAAAUACAUCGAUGACAACAAAAUAGCAAUCAACACCAUCCUAGGGACUGCACUAGUAGACAUGUAUUCUAAAUGUGGAAGCAUUUCCAAAGCAGCACAUAUAUUCUGUUCUAUAAAUUACAAAGAUGUUCUUGCUUGGAAUACCAUUAUAGCUGGCAUGGCCAUGCAUGGUCAUGCCAAGAAAGCAUUUCAUCUCUUUACACAAAUGCAAGUGGAGGAUGUGGUGCCUGAUGAUAUAACAUUUGUUGCUAUGCUUAGUGCAUGUAGCCAUGCUGGGAUGAUUAACGAAGGUCAGAGACUAUUGGCUACAAUGAGCACCACAUAUGGUAUUGAGCCAAAGGUUGAACAUUAUGGGUGUGUCAUUGAUCUCCUUGCUAGGGCUGGCCUUCUAAAGGAAGCCGUUAAGGUGAUUGCGACUAUGCCUAUGGAGGCUAAUGCUAGUGCAUGGGGAGCACUGCUUGGAGGUUGUAGAAUACAUGGAAAUAUCGAGGUAGGGGAGGUAGUGGGAAAAUGCCUUAUCAACCAACAACCUCAUCAUAGCGGCCGCUAUGUCAUCCUCUCAAAUUUAUAUGCUGCUGCAAAGCGAUGGGAUGAUGUGAGAAAGGUGAGGAACCUGAUGAGAUCCAAGGGGGUUGCUAAAUUGCCAGGAGUAAGCAUGAUAGAAUUGAAGGGGAUUGUGCACCAAUUUGUAGCCGGUGAUCGGUCCCAUCCAGAGUCUGAUCAAAUUUACAAGAAGUUAUCGGAGAUCUCUACACGGCUAAAAAACAUACUUGGGUACUUACCAGAUACGCAGCAGGUUUUGCUUGACAUAGAAGAAGAGGAGAAAGAGCAUGUUCUACUUGUUCACAGUGAGAAGCUAGCCAUUGCUUUUGGGUUCAUACAUUUGGGCCCUCUAGAUCCGAUUAGGGUAGUGAAGAACCUUCGAGUUUGCAGUGACUGUCAUACUAUCACAAAACUGAUUUCAAAGGUCUAUGGUCGAGAAAUAAUAGUGAGGGACAGGAAUCGUUUCCACCAAUUCAAAGAUGGUAGAUGUUCUUGCAUGGAUUAUUGGUAGAUAUACAAGAUCUGCAUGUGAAACAGAGAAUCAAUUGGAUGUUGGAGAGUGGAGCCUGCAAAAAGGAUGCAUGAAGACUUGAUGA